CACACACAUGUACGGAAAGUAGCUGUAGCCAAUUUUCAUCUUUUGUGUAUCGAUCGCGCGCAGAGGGCAGCCAUAGUCAACGAUUUGGUCGCGGCUCGCCUUCGCAAGCAGGCUACACAUGUGAACCACGCGACUCUCAGACACUGGUCAGGAAAUAUUUGCACCUUUUCUUGGAAAACGGCAUGGUUUUUGGCCGUUUUCUUUCUUGGUACUCAAAACAAAGAAUUUCUGUACAGUGUAGGCCAACUGUACCUUCUUGCUAGCAACUACAUGUACAUAAAGACACCUGCCCUCUCAAGUUGCAGAGAUGCCAAGUUCCUGAACUGUCUGGGAGUGAGACCCUGUGAGGGAGCGGAGCAACCAAGGGUGAUGGUGUUGGUGUGUGCUUUGCGUGAAGUUGGUCUUUGAAUGUAAGUGAUGUCUGACCGAAAAGCUGAACUUGAACGCAAGAAGCUGCGGCUUCAACAAAUCAGAGAGGAGAAAAAACGCAAAGAAGAAGAAAAAAAGAAAAAGGAGGCUAGUGAUGCAACUAAGGCAGUAGCUGAUGCAGCUGGAGCUGGUGAUAAAAAUCUUGAGAGGAAACGGCAGGAUGCAGAUGCUCUUUUGCAAGAGCUGGGCUUGCCUCAAUCUAUCGGGUCACCCCCCUCACCUUCCAAAUCAUCUGCAAGUGAUGGAGGAAGUCAGGACUCCAGUACACCAGAUACAGUUCCAUAUGUUGUCAGUGCCAGUCCAAGGCAUAAGAUCAAACUUGGUAGGUCUAAACCUACCAUCAUGGGUUUUCCACCCAAGGAGAUAGUGACAUAUGCAAAGGAGACUCAGACACCAACAGAGACCCAGGACAAGGAAGACCGAUCUGAUGCUGAAGAUGAUGAGGAAGAUAUGCCAGUGACUCCAGCACCAGCAGUUGUCACUCCUGUCCCUGAAGCACCACUAAUUGAAGAAGAGAAAGAAGAAGAACAGAAAGUGCAAGAACUGACUGAGGAAGAGGUGGACCAGAUCUUGGCUUCAGAGGAAUUUUUGAAUUUCUUCAACCAUAGCAGCAAGGUGGUGGAGAGAGCAUUGACAGAAGACAAGAAUAUCUUCAUUGACUAUCGAGGCAAGGGUGAUGAAGAUGGGGAAGGAGAUAAGGAUGCAGGAGCCAAGCUCUCCUUGAACUAUCAGUUCUUUGAUGAGCGAUGGUCUCGUCAUCGCACUGUCACGUCACUUGAUUGGUCAACUCAGUUCCCAGAGCUGGUGGUUGGAUCCUAUAAUAACAAUGAAGAAUCUCCUCAUGAACCAGAUGGUGUGGCCUUAGUAUGGAACAUGAAAUUCAAGGAAGCCUCGCCAGAAUUUAUCUUCCACUUCCAGUCUGCAGUGAUGUCAGCAGCCUUUGCUCGUUUCCACCCAAACCUUGUGAUUGGUGGAACAUACUCUGGUCAGAUUGUCUUGUGGGAUAAUCGAAGUACCAAGCGGACUCCAGUCCAGCGAUCCCCGCUAUCAGCAGCAGCACAUACUCACCCUGUGUACUGCGUGAAUGUUGUGGGAACCCAGAAUGCACAUAAUUUGAUCAGUGUUUCCACAGAUGGUAAGAUGUGCUCCUGGAGUUUAGACAUGCUCUCUCAACCGCAGGACAGUAUGGAAUUACACUACAAACAGUCCAAGUCAGUUGCAGUGACCAGCAUGACAUUCCCUAGUAAUGACGUCAAUAACUUUGUUGUGGGUAGUGAGGAUGGGUCUGUGUACACUGCCUGUAGACAUGGAAGUAAAGCUGGUAUCAAUGAAGCAUUUGAAGCACACCAAGGACCAGUAACAGGGAUUGAUUGCCAUCAUGUCCAAGGACAAUUGGAUUUCUCUCAUCUCUUCCUGUCUUCAUCAUUUGAUUGGACCAUCAAACUCUGGAGCCUUAAACAAUCCAAGCCACUGUACUCAUUUGAAGACAACAGUGACUAUGUGUAUGAUGUACAGUGGUCUCCUAUUCACCCAGGCCUUUUUGCGGCAGUAGAUGGAAUGGGCAAACUGGACUUGUGGAAUCUCAACAAUGAGACUGAGGUUCCAACUGUCAGUGUGACAUUGGAUGGGCAACCUGCAGCCAACCGUGUGCGCUGGUCUCAUAAUGGCCAGCAAAUUGCUGCUGGAGAUACAGAGGGUAGAGUUUUCAUCUAUGAUGUUGGGGAGAAUCUUGCCAUGCCCAGACAUGAUGAGUGGUCUAGAUUUGUCCGUACACUAGCAGACAUCAAAGCAGUAACGGCUGACACUGAAGAUGAUGAUUUGUCAAGAUAAAUGCUCUGUAACUGUAUUUGUGGCUUCCAGUGAAGUCUGAAUAGACACUACAUGUACAUGUAUGUCACUUUAUUCCAUUUUACUGCUUUGCUGGUUGACUGCUCUAGCUUGCUUAGAGGUGUGAUGUACAUGUACAUUAUCUCUUUUGAAAAGUUACAGAAUGAAUGUGAAAUUUAACUUCUUCCCAUUGCUACAAUGUACAUGUACAUGUAUGCAUGCUGAUUAUUAAAUGUCCAUGUUAUUAGUGCUGUGAAUACCGUACAGCAUUUCAGUUGUGAAAAAAUCUGUACAUGUAACCAUGUUGCAGCCACAUGAUGGCCCUUGAUUAGAAAGCAGAAAUUGCUUUAUUGACCAUCUCAUGAUGUUUAGCAGUAGCUCCCUACAUGUAGGUCCUUUUACUAGGAACCAUCCUGAAUCCUCCGAAAUCCUCCGAUUUUCAUUAUGAAAACUGCCC